AUGGUCAAAGCAUUCUUAAAUCUCUGUCCACAGUCCAAGGCAUUCUUGGGCUGGAUAUGCUGGACUUGUAUUCUCAGGCUAGACAUUCUGAACAUUCUGAUUCUCAUCCAAAGCAUCCUUGGGCUGUGCAUUUCAGAUGCAACUCUUUCAGAUUGCCCCAUAGUGUCUCUGGAGAUGCCAGUUCCUUUCCAUGCUUAUUCAGACAUGCUUAUCGUGAUAUGUGAGAUGGUAAAGAUACAGACUUUCCUCAAGUGCUUAUCACCACCCAAUCGGCUGGACCAUAAAUCUCCAGGUCAUGAGAUAUUUAAGCUGUACAGUAUGCACCUAGCAGGCUACCUUCAGAGCACCAUGUCAGACUACAAACUUCUCACCCAUUACACCAAGGAUGCCUAUGCCAAAGAAGACCAAAUUUGUGACCAUCCAUCUUGCAUGGCUAAUAUUAGGACUGGAGAGCCAUGUUUUUAUGUUGCAACAAUUGAGCCAGGUCAAUGUGGGCGCUAUGUAGUAAAACCUUACAAUUGCAAGGCUGUGCCCCUCCUGAUCCAUGUACCAUACAACAAUCAGUGA